UUCAAUAUGUCCAUUUCUGGUACAAUUUUAGACAUAGAUGCUCGAUAUGUUCGCUCUGAACUCAACGUUUAUAUCACUGGGAACCAAUUCAUGGACAUCGCUCGCGGAAGAGCUGUUGAAGUGAGAACAAGUAUUAGGUCAUCCAUUAACAUUGCCAAUAAUCUGUUUGAGAACAUCACAGAUCCUCGCGCCAAUGCUUUGGUCGAAAUUUAUCAACACGUAAUUAACGCAACAGUACGUGUUGAAAACAACACGUUUCAGGCCAAUGGAGUUUCUAGCAUGGUCUAUCUUUCAGGGGAAUCGGGGACCUUUCCCUAUACAUACAUAACAUCAAACACGUUCCUCAACAACUCCGUUAGUAACACAAUUCUCAGUGCUAUUUCAGGCUUUCAAGCCCGGAACAACAUAUUCACGAAUCCAAGAGCAUCAUGUGAAAUUAAAGCACCAGACUUUAAUGACUUUGCUCCGAUUGAUGCCUUAAAUUGCUACUGGGGGUUUGGUGACUUAGACAAAAUAGUACAGCGGGUGUGCUCGUUUGAGAAGGACAUGCGUUUAUCCCGGGUAAACUUCAUUCCCUACCUGCUGUCAGCUGAUUUGGGGAACAAGGUGGAUAUUACGGACGGGACCUUCCAUUUGGACACUCUGAUUGGCGGAGUGGUAACGGGCACUAUUACCCUUGCUAAAGGACCUGAACCAGUCGUCAUAUCUAGAUCUGUUUAUGUUGAGGAAAAUGCGGUGCUGGUCAUUGAAGCAGGAUCAACUGUGGAAUUCGAGGAAGACUGCGGUAUCUUUGUCAAAGGGAAGGUUGUCAUUGGAUCUGACAAGGCAAGUCGUACAACCCUUCAGCCUCAUAACUCCGAUUUUUGGGAAGGCAUUGUGUUUGGUUCUGGCAGUUUGUCAAAAUCCCGGUCUGUGACGUCUGUAUCAGAGAUGAGGAACACGCACAUACUAAAUCCUAGAACUGGAGUUAGGUUCCUUACUUCUCAAGUCAGCCUGUUUAAUAACGUGAUUUCGGGGUCUGGAAAUGCUGGAAUAACUCUUGAUGUGCAAAAUACUGUCUUUGACUUUAAUGGAACAGCAGUGAUAGAUAGUGGUAGUUAUGGACUUUACGGUGACCCUAUAACAGAUAUCCGGAUAAGAAACGUUACUAUUAUAGGAAGCAACUACGAUGGAGUGGCCUUAAGGUCUGCAGGUGGUCAUGUGGAGCUAGAGUAUGUCACACUUGAUGGGAAUAGCGGUGCUGGAGUGGAGGUUACAUACUCGAAUAACGAUCUGGAGAAUUUCUUCACUAUGUCUCAUUCACAGGUUUUGAACAAUCAAGGCGUAGCGGUCCAAGGUGAAUUUUUCAUGUUUUACCGGGAUAUCGGAAUAAACAUUAACAAUAAUAACUUUACAAAUAACACCAGAGGGGGUUUGCUUGUUACAUUGUCCGAAUCUUAUGGCUGGAGAAUCCGGAAUCCAAGACUGUGCACGUGUAAUAUUACGGACAACGUUUUUACCAACAGUGGAACAAGUUCUGUUCGCGUUCAGUCUUACGCAGUGAUAGAUAUAAACAAUAAUCAAUUCCUUAACAGUCAUAGCUUAGAUGCAUGCAUAUUAUCAAUCGAGUCCUCUGCAUGGAUAAACGAACCACCCUCGCAGGUUAUCAGCUUAACCACUAACCGGUUUGAGAUGGGAAGUGGAGAGUGCGCCGUCGGUCUGUCAUCCCAAGACGAAGGAAACCUGGAAGGCUUGUUCGUUUACAAUCAACUGACUUCUUUUGACGCGACGGAAGCAACUAUUAUUGUUGACUCUCUCCAUUUUAAUGUGACCGAUAACAUUUUAGACAACCCUGAAUCUGUGUAUGAGAUUAAGUGGUCAGGGAGAGUGCGUUAG